CUACCACGGCCACAUCAGGCAGGGCCACAUGCUACCUCCAAUGCAGCUGCGGAGGGUGCGAUCACACCAUGAUCUCGACAUGCAUUCGGCGCACUCGGAUGAGCACGCCUGGCUUUUGUCUUUCAGGUGCUGGCAAUGAUCGAAAGAUGUGCGUUGCGCACAAGCGAGAUAGUCCGCAAAGCAGCCAAGACAGCUUUCUGGAGAACACGCGGGAGACAGACAUGCUCGAAUCAUAAGCUCAGGCCACUGGCCUCCCUCUGGCUUACGCGAGAUCCCCUUCUUCGAUUGACAUGGCCUCAUUCCAGUCUUGAAACACUCCUGUGCCUCCUCAAUCUGACAGAAGUUGAAGCAGGCCAUCGGCGGAAGAAGCAUUCCGGUUUUCCCUCUGUUCAGCUGACCAUUCCGCGGCCUCCGCCCCCCAUCAUUCUGAUGUCUGCAAGAGAACAGUGUCCCUCCGUCCCUCCCUCGCCUCCGUAGAUAUACCCGUAGGCAGGUUUGCCUUUCCGCGGCACCAUCAACGGCUGGCGACGGAAGGCUACCACAGGGGGAGGGUGCUGAACCGGGACAGGGGCGGGCGGAGGGGCCACAACGACGGCUGCUGGCUGAGGGACUGCGUGCACAACGUGAGGUUUGAUUGGCUGCUCGUGCACCACAUGCACAGGUACAGGUGCAGGGGGAGGUGUGGAAGCAGGAGGAGGCGGCGCGGACUGGUGGCCGUGAAGGAUGUAGGUGUGGCGCGCGACGUUUGGAGGCGCUGCGAGCGGCGGAAGAUUGGGCUGCUUGUAGGCUUCAGCAGGAUGUGGCUGGUGUAGGGGUGGCAGAUUUGGGUUCUCGUGGCGGCCAGGCUGACGGGUUUUGACGUGGAUUCGAUGCUGGGCCUGCGGAUGCCGUGCGCGGGAAGAGAGAUGAUAGUGCUUGAGGUUACCGGUCCUCUUGACGACAUAGAGGGCAGCAACGGAACAGUAAACAAGAGAAAAGAGCGUCAGAAGGCGCAUUUCGUCGAACUUCG